UCAGAUUUAGAAGCUUUUCCGUAUAAACAAAUGAAAAAAAUAGAAUUAAUAAUUAAAAAUGUCUGUGAUAAUCAUUGGUGUAGCGACGGAAAGUGGGGUACCAAUAUUUUCAAGGAAACGGGGUACAGCUGAUAAUAUCCAAUUUUCAACUAUUGCAUCUCUCCAUGGCAUCAACAUGUUUAGCAAGUGCCACAACGUUUCUAUGGUCAAUACACAAGUGGACAAUGGCACAAUACUAUGGAAGGAAUAUUGCAAAAGUAUAACACUCAUUGGAAUAGUAACAGGUGGCUUGGAAUGUGACUUACCACUUCUUCUAUCAUGUGUAUAUGACGUCAUGGUCUUCUACAUUGGGAAGAAAGAGCUUGAGACUAUGAAGAAUGUUGACCAGAUCAAGAGGGACUUGAGGCAGUGUUACCCGAUGAUGGACCUUUUGUUGGAGUCUCUUGAUGCCACUGCUGCAAACAGCCCUCAGCCAACUCUAGUCCUAGAUCUUAUUGAAAGUAUGCUGUGUCCACAAGCCCAGCAGUUGCAGCAAGCGCUGGACAACUUCACGGACUGCGUGACGGGUCGCUACGCGUGCCUCAGCGUGGGCGGGCGGCUGGCGGCCGUGGGCGGGGACUGGCGCGAGCUGCACCCGCGGGAGGCGCGCCUGCUGCUGCUGCUGCCGGCGCUGGACGCCGCGCCGCUGAGGGAGACGCCCUGCUACUUGCCCGUCAUGAGCCCCAAUGUAGCAUUCCGCGCAGUGACCUGCAAGCUACUAGCAGACGUCUACAUCCUGGUCAUGUGCGGGGCGACCCCCACGCUGGCCGAGAUCGACGAGCUAGUGCUGCAAUGCUGGGAGAGCUACGCGCCAGUGAUCAAGGAGGCUAAACUGGUCGCCCCGCGGAACUUUCCCGCGAGUCUGCAGUUUGAACCGUGUAUACUUGGAGUGCUCGUAAUAAACAUAAGCAGCCACCGCUGCGUGUUUUCACGGAACCUUCCGCAAACAAACCAGAAAGGAAGAGGAAUGUCAGGGUCCCAUAGACUCGACAUACUCAGGACUUUCUACAUCAAGUCGGUCAGAGAUAUAGCACCGGAACUGAGGAUAACAGAUAGUGAUAACAAUGAGAGUAAUAACGAUCUGGAAGGCAUGUGUGAAACAUACUGGCAGUCGGAAUACCACAAGUGCCACGCACAGAGAUCUGGCAACCUUUUGUGCUGCGCCCUGUACGCUCCCUCUGUACCUACACACACUAUGAGAUUGAUAACGAGUCAACUAUUGAGUAGUAUCAGUAGUAAUAAAGAGGUGUAUUGGUGACAUAAAAUAAAGGUAAAUACAAAACACA